CAGCACUUUCUAACAAAUCGAUCCCCACGAAGAUCAUCCCGAUUGUAAUCCCACCACGCCCAUUUCCCGGAUUAAGCAGUCAACUCCUCCCAUUUUUCAAAUUCGCCCGUUACAUUGCCAGAUGCCCGAUUAAGUUUAAAAGUUGCCGGAAUAAGUCUCAAGCUGAUUAUAAAUUCGUAACAUGCAGUGUCGCGUUAUUUUUCUCGUUAUUUUUAGCAAUUUUUCUGAAUAUCUGUUUAUACAUAAGUAUUUUGAAAUAUGGAGACAUUGUCACGCAUGACCUGUUCCUUGGAGAAGAUGCUUGGCCACCACCCAACCCAAUAAGUGCCGAAAUGAAAAAUCGCAUUGGUGGCUUCAUCUACGGAUUGAUUUGGUCCUUCGCCCCCGUGACCGCUCUUGUUGUUUCAAUCGAUUACACACUAGCUUUUCUGAAAGCACCCGAGUUGGCGAAAUGGCUAAAUAAUUGGAAUCUCAUUGAAGACGAAAUGCUACAACUUGGCUUUAAUCGAGACAAAAUUAAAAUUACCACGUUUUCCCGCUACUUUAUUCCCUUGUUUGAAUUUGUUCCAUCAGUGAUUUUGGGAAGUUUAGAGUUGAUAUGGAUUUUCGAUAUCCGAUAUCCGAUUCAUUGCGUGAUAAGCAUUAUUUAUGCUUACGUUCCAACCCUGUGUUACUCUGUUGAAGAUUCUAAAGCCCUCCUAAUGCUGAAAUGUCUGCAGGUCGGGUUUCUUCAGGUGCGCAAUCAUCUCGAAAAAAGCUUAAAUAUCGACCGAGGCCAAAUCCCCGUUCGUAACUUGCACCUCUUUUUGAUCAAACUUCGCCUGCAAGCCAAGCAAUGUGGCGAUUACUUGGCGACGCAGCAACUCGUCUCGAUUUUGAUGACUAUGUACACCACGGCGGCGUCCUGCUUUUUAUUCGUGGCCGUUCUGAGUGACCAUUCUUUGGGCGAUACGACGGAAGAGUUGCUCACCAUGGCGUUUGCCUCGACGUGGCCAUUUUUCGGGAUUAGUCGACUCUACGUCAAGGUUUGGAUGGGGGUCAGGGUAACUAACGAGGAAAAGGAGAUCGCAUCCUUAAUUAAAUUGGAAACACUUAAAGAGGAAAUAUUCGGGACGGAGUAUUCAAACGAGCUUAGGGAAAUUUACAAGCUGUUGACAAAUCAUCCCACAGAGGUUUCUUUCAACAACUAUGUCAAAUUAAACAACCCGUUAAUCUUGGGGGUUUUUCAACAGAUUUUUACGGCUUUUAUAAUUCUGAUGCAGUUUCGGAAAUAAGAUGCAUAUACAUAUAUGUUCCUCAUAGGAACGAAGGUGAGACGUUGACUAAUAUGUUGAAUUUAUUGAAUAAUGAAACAAUUAAUAAAUAUUUACUUAAUAUACGUACAUUUACAUAUUUAUAUUUAAGUUACACAUUCUCCUUAGAAAAUUUAUUUCCCAUUAAUUUAUAAUUGAUUAGUUAAUAUCUAAUUAGAUUGUCAAAUAGUUUCCGUAAUCAUUUCAAUGGUUAUUAAUUAAUUAAGGUAAUUAAAAAUUAAAGUAAUUAAUAACGGAGCACUCCCUCUACAACUCUUUUUUUACCUUUGCUUAAGGCCGAGGAAUCGCAUGCUAAUUUUAUGAAAAUUUUGGAUUGGAUUCCUCCAAUGCUCUAUCAUGAAGUUUAUAAUUCCACCCCCACCUAAAUAUGUAAAUUACGCUACGGAUAUUAGACUCGAUUAAACCAUUGAUUUUGCUAUCCGGAAAGAAAUUGUCACAAAUGUUCUCCAUUAUCUUCUUAACCAGUAAUUUUGGCCUUCAUAAUUAUAAUGUCAGAUUUUAAAAAAUGCUGAAAAUUUUUGGAGAAUUUGGGCAGAUAUA